GCAUCCAACCCAGCAAGACAUGGAGGGCAAAACAUAUUCUCUAUAUUUUAUCUGCUGUCUCUCACUUUCUCUCUCUCUCUAAUAAUCAGGCAGUAGGUGUGCAAGAAAAAAAAGAAAACAGCCUUCUUCUUUAGUUUUUUAAAAGAAAAUCUCUCUCUCUCUCUCUCUCUCUCUCUCUCUGAUAUUUUGUUCAUCACAGAAAUAAGCAUAUUGGGUAGCAAAAUCUAUUAUAUAUAUACUCCAUUUCUUGAUCUUCUCCUCCUUCUGAAACGCGCUUCGAAAUAUGGAAGGAGAACGAAAGAAGAGGAAGAUAUUGGAAAGUGAAGAGGGAGAAGAUGAUGAAGAUGAUGAAGAGAAGAAGAUACAGAAGUUCUUUGAUUUGAUUAGAAGCACACGCGAGGUGAGAGAUCGUUUGAGGAGUAGUACUGGUUUCAAUGAAUCAAAAGAUCAGAAAGAAGAGAAGACUAGAGUUGAGAAAGAGAUCAAGGGAAUCACAGUCUGGAAUCCUACGUUUCAACCAGAAGAUUUCAUACAGGAUGAUAAGUCCUCUAAGAGUACUAGUCCUGGUGCCACCCAACAACCAGGUCCUUCUAAAAGUACUACUAAAGGAAACGAAGAAGAAGAUCAAGAUAGAUCAGAAGAUGGUAAUCAUGGUUUAGACCUAAACCUUUCUUUGUAGCAGCGUUAAAUAAAGGAGUGUUUACAUAUGAUAUAUGCAUGCUGAAAAACUAAGGUUUUGUAUUGCUUUGAUCAGAAAGCAGAACUUGUAGUACUGCAUGCGCAUCGUAAUCCAUCUGUGCUAUAUAUAUAUAUAUAUAUAUAUGUUGAAUUUG